AAAAAAAAAUAAAAAAAAAAUGGAUGACAUAUCAAGACCCUGAUUCGAGGGUCUCCGUUUCCAACAAGUUUCCUUUUCUGAUACGGGUGAGAAACAUGUGAAACGGGAGACGUCGGAAAUCAAAAAAGGAAAGCGAAAAACUUUCCAGGUACUUCUUUACAGUGGCGAAAAAAGAAAACCCGGAUUUUUGUCAUUGGAAAGAUUUCAUUGAUUUUGAGUUGCUCAUUUGCCAUGGAAGUGAAUGCGUCGACAAAUGCUUCGAGAAUCGAAAUAUUGCCUACUCCGCUUGUUCCCAUGGAAUCCACCGACGAGUCUGUGAUACCAGGCAUUAUACAGGACGAUGACAGUGACAAAGCAGUAGCCCCUUCCCUGGAAGAGGAGCAUGCCAUUGAAACCGAACCGAAAACACAAGCCAUUUUUGAUAUACCUGAAAAGUACUUACAACAAUCCUUAGCCACGGAUCCUCUCGUUUUCAGUAUCUCGGCUGAACAAUAUAACGACAUUCAAGACAUUUAUGCAACCUGCCCGUUGCCAAACGACAUUCUGUUUCCUUGGUUGCAUGGAGUUGAUGGACGAUCCUACCAACAAAAUCUCUUUUUUCGUAUUCGCCGUAGCCUGGUCCCUCUGCAUCGUGGCUUAUUACUUGUCCACGCUGACGAAGCGUAUCCCCAUCACCGCCGCCUUGUGCAAUCCGUCCUUCCGAGCGAGAUUCUCGACAUCACACGCACAGCUUUCUUCCAACACGAAGUGGAACAGGGUAUCAACCUUCGCAAUUUCAAAAUUCAGGUAGCCAGAUAUGCCACAAUUAGUGAUAUUGUGGUCUACGGUGCAGAAGCGGAACAAGUCGCAAAACAAAUCAGUCAAGCGCAAGCGAGCUUACGAGCGGAACGAAUGAAGGAGUUGGACCACAUCAAACAAACGGCUGGCUCGAGGGCCAUCAAGAAUUGCAAUACCUUGACAUAUCGGACACUGGUGAUUAAAGAUGGUUUUGAUACGUUUGAACGACAGUUUCCCUCGCUGGUUCAAUACAGCAGCGACGGUCUGCCUAUUCACUGUCUCAAUUUCCUUGCGCAAGAGCGAGAAGAAAUGCGAAUCAUGACUGCUGCCACCGAAGUCACACCCCAUAUAUGGCUUGGCAAUACACAAGAUGUUCCUGUUUCUGCUCGAGGUGCGGACGAGAUGAUUGAAUCGGACGCUGAUUGGAACAACUUAUGUGACAAUCCGCAUCGAUUUUCAAUAUGCAUUGAAGCCCACGAUCUUGCCGACAUGCCGCUACCUUCUAUUCUGACGUUGGCCCGAGAGAAUUUAGACGAGUUGGAUCCAAACGAGUUACCGGACGAGAUUAUUCAUUUGGAUGUUCUUAGUACGGGGGUUCCUACAGAAACAACUUCGUUUGAUGAAUUUUAUGCGUGUUUGAUGCAUUUACUCGCUUUUAUGGACGAUCAGGCGACACGAGGACGCAAUAUGCUGAUUCACUGUUCCGACGGUUACACGGAUACCAGUUUACUUGCUCUUUCAUGGAUUAUGUAUAAACACAAGGUUCGACUUCCCGAAGCAUAUCUAAUGUUACAAGAGAAACGCAGCUUUUUUGUUUAUGCGGUGGAUGUGAUGGUUCUAAGGCGUAUUGAACAACGGCUACGGUCCAUUCAGACAACCUCCGAACAUAAGCGGAAACGAACGGAGUUGAACCCAACGGACCUCCAAUGUCACAACCAAUGCAAAUCUACUUACACGGACAAUCAGCUUGUGCAACGUCUGGAUGUGCGCAUCAGAGAUAAUGUAAAAACCGAUUUGGAUGAUGAGGACGAUGAUAUCGAAGACGGUGACGAGGAGCUGGAUAACGAACCUGAUAUUCAAAACGGUUCAUCAACAAUACCUGAGAAACGAUAUCACAUCCGAUCCUUUCAUUCCACCACAUUGGAUGGCGAAUCUGACAUUGCGAAACCGGUGGAAGGACGACCUGUACCCUUACUUGACUGCUGUUACACGCAAUUUAACAGCAAUGAUAUUGACGAGAGUAUGCCAGCACAACUGUUGUCCUCGUUGAUGCCAUUGCCGCCUAGCGACGAUGACCUUGCUCGGUUCCCGUGGUUUUUCUCCCCUCGUUUUGAAGGAUCCUUGCCAUCGAAAAUCUUACCUUUCCUGUAUCUUGGAAAUCUCAACCACGCAACAAAUUCCGGGAUCCUAAAGGCACUACAUAUUACCCACGUCGUAAGCGUGGGCGAAAAUGCCAACUUGUCUUCCGAUGAAUUCAAGCUCUUGCUGUUAGACAAUCUGUACGACGACGGUAUCGACUCGAUCCGUGGACGUAUGGAGGAAGCGAUGAUGUUUGUUGAUGAUGCUCGGACGAAUAACACACGGUGCCUGAUCCACUGUCGCGUUGGAGUCAGUCGAAGUGCGGCUAUUACUAUUUGUUAUGUGAUGCACUACCUACAUAUGAGCUUGAUUCAAGCAUAUUUGUACGUUCGGGCACGUCGCUUGAACGUGAUCAUUCAACCGAAUCUUAAGUUUAUGUACGAAAUGCUUCAAUUGGAACAGCGCUUAAGAGGUUACGCCAGUAUCAGUUGGCCAAUUUUGUGCCAAGCAAUCCAUCAACUUAAUAUCUCUUAUCGGGAAACAUAAUGCUGCGAAGAAUAAAAAAGAAAAUCCUCUUUCCAUUCUGGGACUUGACGUGAACCCGAUGCUCGAG